AAUUUUUAUAAGCUGUGGCCAUAAUUUCAUCGCUUGACGCUUCUGUGAUAUUAAAAACAUAGGGGCUGGUAAUAUUUAAUAGUAAUUGUUAUUAUUAUAUUUACUUGAAAAACUAUAAUUACAUCAUGGCCGAUUCUACUAUGAAUGAUAUUAGUAAAAUGAAGGUGGUGGAUUUACGAAAAGAACUAAAAUCACGUGGCCUAUCCUACGCUGGGGAUAAAGCUGAGCUUGUUGCGCGGCUACAAGGUGCUAUAACGCAGGAUGAUCAUGGGGAUAUUAACUUAGAUUCUGAUGAAAUUGACUCGGAUGGAGUACUAGAAGACGAGGACGAUAAAAGCCACAAUGAUAUACUCGAGGAUUCCGCAGUAGACACAUUAAAUGAGGAACUUGUGCUUGAAGAAACUUCACCAGAAAAACAGCCACCAGAGACAAAGCCAUCAAGAAUCCUUAAAAGAAAAAUCACCUCUGAGACACCUAAACCCGUCGAAAAUAAGGAGGCAGGUGCAAAGAAAAUAGUUUUAAACAGAACAAUAUCCCUAACAACAAACACUGCCAAACCUGUGGAUGAAAAAAAGGAUAUUGAACCUCCAGAUAAUAAUUCUACCGACAAAACAUUUACAAGUAGUAAAAUUAAAAUAUCAGCUGAAACAGAUACCAAGACAAGAAUGGAGAUGCGAGCUAAAAGGUUUGGCCUACCUAUUAAAAUGACCGACGAACAAAGAAAAGAAGCAAGAAAGCAGAGAUUCAACCAGAACACAAUUUCGUCAGAUAGCUCAUCUUUGAAUAUAACCUCUUCAUCAGAAUCUUUAGCUGAAAACUUGGAAAAAUUUAAGAAAAGAGCUGAACGGUUUGGCCAGUCUGUAUCAGCAAUUAUGACUGAUAUUGAAAAAAAAGAAAAAUUGGAAAAACGAAAAGCCAAAUUUGGAACUGUAAAGAUAUAAAAAUACUGAUCAUCAGUAAAACACUGGUAUUUUGUGCAUAUUGCACCAAUAUAAAUAAUUAGCACUUAAGGAUUUCAUUGUUUUAACGAUACUGUUUCUAAUGUAAAGACUAACAACUCAUGACAUAAAGGGAUUUAUUUGAGGACAAUUUCAUUUAAUGCAUUUAUAAAAUGAUCAGUUAUCAAAAUUACCUACUAAUAAAUAUAUAAAAUUACUACUAAUAAAUAUACUACUAUAUAAUAUACAGACUGUAGAUGAGCCACUACUAGGUAAAGCAGAGAGCUUGGCUUACACACCACCACAUUGCCCCACCAUUAGGGCAAGGUAGUGGUGAAAUUUGGUUGGACACAUUUAGAAAUAAUCCACUUGUUUUCUAUCACCACCAAGUAUGAAAUAAAUUAAUUCAAAUUAAUUUGUAUCUGACGGCAGACAAAGAUUCGGAGGUAAACCACCUUCAGUAGAUUCACAUGUUCUGGCCACUGGACAAUUUCAGCUCUUAAGUAAAUAGUAGCAAUUUUUUUUGUUAUUGCUAAAACUGUAUAAAAAUUACAAGACAC